CCGAUGGAAAUGCUGGAAAGCUAGAGAGAUUCAGUGCGUGUUCACAGUGGUGAUUCGACAACGCGACGGCGGACGACGCGUGCUCCGUCCCUUCGUUCGCGAAGUUCGUUCCGCGACCGACGUGUGCCGUGCUGGAAAAGAAGCCGGCAGGUGUGCUGCUGGCCUGUGCAAGUCGCGAGAUAUCAAAGUUUAAAUAUCGAAUCAUUUUUCUUCUCUUUUUUUUCGUAUUCUCUUUUUUCGAAUUAUUCGGCUGUCAAGGUUAUGUCGACGGCUGAACGAUCUGCGACCGUGGAUAGAAUAUUACACAGUGAGUGACAGAAGUUUUUGGCGCGGAUACAGUUUAUGUUUAAUUGUAUAAAUUGCUUGAUUUUUGAAAGAAACGUGACACACAGGACACAACGAGGCAACAAAUGGAGCAUAGAGGCACGGCGUGCGUGCAGCAGGAUUGUCAGUAGCGAGGAGACAUCGUACGGGGCCCUGGGCGGGCCCAGCGUAAGGUGACGGCGGCGUGGGAUCGUGAUCGGGGUUGGGGUGCGCCGGGGCCUGCGGUCCGUUAGGGUGGACGGCGAAUCAGCGCCGGGAUGGCCGCGACGGACGGUCAGAUCGUGGUCGCGGCGGCCCGGUGGGCCGAGGAGGCGACCUACCUUCGUGAAUUCGUGUCGAAGUAUCGACUGCCAGCGGUGAUCAAGAUCACGAAGGGCCAGUACGGCGGGCUCGGCGUGCCGACGCUGCCGGCGCCCAGCUUGCAGAGCACCGCGUUGCUGGUGUCGGCGGGCCGCCGCCGUAAGAUCGUCGCGCAGGCGGUGAAGAUCAAGGAGGGCCGCCGCGUGGUCGGGGUCGGGCCGCGGCUGGCGAUCCCGGACUCGUACGCCGGCUACUUCGAGAUCCUGAGCGAAGAGGGCAGAGCGGUCCGCGGCAUCGAGUCGGUCAGCGAGCUGUGCCGGCGGUGCCCGGAAGAGGGCGCGCUGGUGCGGGAGACGGUGCGCGGGAUCGCCUGCCGAGUGGACGACGACACGGGUAUAGUGGUGCCGGAGGGGACGCGGACGCUGGCCGCGGGGGAGACGAUCGUGACGGCGGGCGAGGUGAGCCUGCCGAGCCGCGGCCGAUUCCUGCGCUGCGUCGACUGCCGCGGCGACAGCGUGCUGCUCGGUAUGGAACAACGCGGCCGGUUCAGCGCGUUGGCGCGCGAGGACAACAUCAGCGGCGUGCACACCGCCCGGGCGUUGCUCAGCAAACGGCUGCCGUUGACGGUGCGACUGGUACACGGCCAGCCACCCAGGGGACUGAAGUCGUCCUCCCAGUUCGUCCCGGAGCUCAGGCUGCUCUCGACCUUCGAGGAGGAGCACGUGUUCGCGCUGCCGCUGCAACGGGAGGGCGCGGCGGUGGCGCUUCCGCUCGCCGCACCCCUCAAAUUGGUGAAAGCGCGGAACGAGGAGGCGCUGCGGUCGAUGCAGGAGUUCACCAGGCUGGUGGACCGGGCCUCGCGGCUGGUCGCCGACGUCGCCGACCGGGCCCACGUGCUCGACGGCCGCCUCGGCGAGAGCAAGCCGUCCAGGCAGACCAGAAGCGGUACCGGCUUCCUCAGGCGGUCCUCCACCAACUCGGACAACGGGCCGAACCUGAACCAUCACAGGAACAACGCCGGGCACCAUCAUCACCACCAUCACUACCACAGCAACGGGCAUCAGGCCUCAUCGGGCCCGGGACACGCGGGCUACAGGGACGAGAACCGCGUGCCGCCGUCCGCCUGCACCGAGGAGUACGACGAGAUCGAUCAGAUCUACGAUUACGUGCGCGGCUUCGCGCCGCUGCCGAAGAGCGUCAGGUCCCCGUACGAGAGCCCCCUGCCGGCGAACCAGGGCCCCAGCCCGCCCCUGACCCCGGUCACCGUCACCGUCGCGCCGCUCCUCGACGACAGACCAGAGCCGCCGCCCAUCGAGACCAUACCGACCAAGAAGAUCCAGGCGGAGAAGAGGACGAGGCGCGCGGUCAAAGAGGCGCCCCAGCCGAGGGCCGAGAAGCCGCCGCUCGCCAAGCUCUACGUGAAGAACAGCGGCACACAGAGGGGCCGUCCGCUGAUGAGGCAGAAGAGCGCCUCGCCUCUGAAGGAGAUGCCGCCCGGUUACAAGGGCGGCUCGCCGUUAUUCAACAUACGGUACAAGAGCCUGACCAAUCUGCAGCAGGCCAUGGAGCUGGACGGCACGCUGGACUCCAGCCAUUCCGGGGGCAGGACGUCGGGGGACUCUGGUGCUGGCGCUAAGCUGCCGGAAAAAAGAUCGCGGCGUCUGAGCAGACCGCGUUCACUGACGAACCUGGUGUGGGAGCUACGCGGCGGAAGCGGACUAGGCUGCACCAGACCGGAAACCCCGCCGCCAGCAACAGCAGCUCCACUGCCGCCGACUAAAUGCGGACCUCGCCUGGCUGUCACCGUGGUGGCACCGCGACGCGUCGGCACGCUCUACCUCUAACUCAUUCGAAGCGACGAAGGGCAGAAGAAGGCAAAGAGCGCGAGUGGUCCGGAUGGGGUCGCCAUAAUGGAUCUCCGAUGUCUUCGACCAAUCAAAAGACGAUAUCAACAGCCAUGGCCGAAGCGACGACGACGACGAAGCAAGCGACGCGACACGUCCAUCGAAUCAACGAAAUCGCGGCGACGAAUCGCGUCGGAGCGGAAGCCGCUUGGCUUUCUCACGGGACGACGAAAACCGAGAAGAAGAAUCACGUGCAUUCCGCGAACACGUUCGCGCAGAUUUAAACGUUUUUUAAAAAGAAGAAAAGCACAAAAAACCAGACACGAUUCCCCGGGCGACGAGCUCUCGCGUCGCGUUUGAAAGCGAGGUUAUGUCGAGGGGAGCAUAAUGGUGGGGGACGUGAUAGAUCGAGGGGGGAGAACGGUUCGCUGCUAGGACCGAAGAAUCGAUCAAAGAUGAUAUAUUCACCUCGAACGUUCGUCGGAGCUUGUUCACGGUAUAUAGUUCCGUAGAAUCAGCGACCGGGAUCCGCCUUGUUCAAGGUGGCGGCGACAGCGGCGUUCUUUCCGCCAUCUUGAAAGGGCGCGCGACGAACGUUCACGGGAGCAUCCGCGUAAUCCGUUUGCGCGCGCGGCGCACUUCGAAUGAUUUCGCGACACGGGCCGCGGGCCAACGAGUUUCUCGAGAGCAUCGAAUCGCGGCGGUGGCGGCGGCGACGGAGCAUCGAUGUUAUUAAAAUCCAGGUCGCGCCGGAGAGUUACGGUGCGAACGAUAACGGUGGAUCGCUGCGGAUCGGCGAGAAGAACAGAUUCGAGCUGCUCGCGGUAACGACGGAGCGGGUGACGUCAUCGAUCGCGCGCGACCGCGUAGAGCGCUUCGGUAGACAUUUGCCGGCGGAGGAGUGAGAGAGGGCGCGAGGGAGCAGAACGCUGGGAAGCGACGGAAGCGGGAAACAGCGUCGAUCUCGUGGCGCCGCGACCGGUGCAUCGUCCGUCCGGCUAUAUCUGGAAGAGCGACGACACGCAUCGCGUUCGAAACGCGCGCCGUUAGUUUAAUCUACUAGGGAGCGUAAGUUAAGGAUACGAAUGCCAUAAUAAUGACCAACUUUUUCUGGUUGUACUUAAGUCAUACCUUUUACACUUUAACUGUUUACGUUUAAGGCCAACUAAAUAUCGUAAGUUGCAUCAUAUCCCAUUAGCGGAGCGUCUUGUAUCGUUGUUUGACGUUUCGGUCUUUCUUUCAUUUUCUUUAUCACUCUCUCUCUCUCUCUCUCUCUCUCUCUCUCUCUUUCUUCCUUCCUCUCACUGUUUCCGUCGUUUACUUCGAUGGCUCUGGCGGCGGAAGAUUUUAUGGACGAUCGUCGACUUCCUCGGUAAAUCACUGAAACCGGCGGACUCCGUCCGAAUCACUUUCUUGUGACGGAAAAGUUCACCGCAGCGAACGGCGAAUUAGUUUCGAUUUAAUCGUCAGCGGAAGACGCAUCGAACGUUGCUUUUUUUUGUCUUGGAAGUGAACUCGCGCUCGUCGAACUCGGUAAUAUAUAUAAUAUAUAUUAUAUUAUAUAUUAUAAUAUUAUUAUAAUAAUAUAUAUAAUAAUAUAUAUAUUAUUAUAUCGAAACACGAUAUGACUGAUAGAGUUCUUCGACCAGAAUCGGUCCGUUGUACAGCGUCGAAUCGGUUCGAUCCGACGCGACGGAAGCCAUCGACGACGUUCAAAAAUUCCGGACGCGUUCUUAGAAGAGGAAAACACAUGGUCGAGGUUAAAACGACGUGAAACGGCGAGCGUGUUUUUCGACCGUUUGCACUCGAGCGACGACUCCGAGGCGUCGCUGAAAAUUGUUACGUCGUGUUGCAAAAUAAUUUUUCACGUUAUUAUAACUGUUUAUAUCUGAGAGACUGUUGUAAAGGUGACUGUUGCGCGCGCGCGCGCGUGUGUGCGUGUUACAAGGCUCGAUUUAAUGUGCAUGAAAUGCGCAUCGAGUCGUGUGACGUGGAAAUAAAUACUCCGACGGUCAGAAAAACUA